AUGUUUGGUCCCGAAUUGAAAAAUAUUACCGGAGAUAGCAAGACCUUGAGUGAAGUACUACGCCUGGUUGAUCAACUAUUCACCUCGAUCAAAAGUCAGGAUCUACCAUGCCCAUUUUUACCAAAGAAUGAGAAAAGUUGGCUGAAGGUCAAAAACGAGUUUGAAGAUCACGCUUCUAUGAUCGAUGCCAAGGCCAAGAAUUUCAUCAAUGACUAUUUUGCACAUAUUCGCGGACCCACGUCAGCUUUUGACCUAUUGGAAAAGUUCAAAUCGGUUAAGGCUCGGGCAGCAAUUACGUGCUUGUUGAAAGAUAAAUAUCGGGACGUGUUGCGCAGUUUCGGAAACGAGUUAUUGAAAGUGGAAGUAAAAUUCAAAGAACUGAAAGACACCCCGAAUGUGGCUCACUAUUUACCAUCCACGGCCGGUUCCAUUUCUUGGGCCAGGCUGAUUUUAUCCACAGUCAAAGUGAGUAUAUUACGCUUUAUCAACUCACAACCGGACAUUUUGGAUGAGGACGAAGGAAAAGCGGUCAAAGCGAGAUAUGUCAGUUUGGCUGAUGAGUUGCGUAAAUACGAGAUUAGCCGACAUCACGCUUGGGAAACGGAAGUGAAUGCAAUUGUGAGCCUUCGACUCAGUCAACCGGUACUCUUUAAACACACGAAUCCAGUUGCUUACGAUCAGAAAGCUCAAGCUAUCAGUCCCCCACCCACUUGGUGGGCCGGUGCAAAAGGAGAUACAGGAACUGUAUUGAAUCCACCCACACCGCCACAAGCACAACUAAUUCGUCAGUUCUUCAAUGAUCCAGCAAACACCACCGGUACAUUAACACGCACGUAUUCGUCCAAUCUGCAACGGAAUCAUGGUUCUGCCGUUUCAUGGACCAGUCAAGGGGAACGCACCUCUUUGGGCACAAGCCCCACGAUGCAAGAAGGUGCUCUUCCCGUAUACGAAGUGAAUUUUGAUUCGAAACUGUGGGGUGUGAUUCAAGAAGCUGCUCGAAUCGAAUUAUUUAAUCUACCACUGCCGGAGAUUGCUCGAUUUCUUGGACUUCGACACUCCUAUUAUCAGAACAUGGUCCUACAAUUGCAGCGAAUGGUCGAUCGAUACGAGGAAAUCAGGGCACAACUGGAUCCGUUAAAAGUCACUUUAAUGGAAAACAGUCUGCGAAAUCUGGUAAACACGAUCGAUCGUGGUGUGUUCUAUCUUAAUUGGGACAGUCUUGUAGUGGACGAAUAUCUGGAACAUUGUGAUCGACGACUGAAACGGGCCGAAAAUCAUAUCAAAGAGGUCGAUCGAUGUUUUGAUAUUCUCGAACGAAUAGGCACCCUGAUUUCCCGCGCUCAAAUGUUCAAGGAAAAAGAGAAUGGACAAUUGGUCUCAGCCAAGGAAUACAUGGACUAUGCGGAAUCGUGUCGAGAGAAUGAUAUGGAGGAGUUGGCAAAUCAGAUUAGCACAAUGGCUACCAGUUGCCUGGGCAAACUGGAAGAAGCUUUAUUCGACACAAAUACCGGCCGUCGAGCAGAAAUGUAUCCAAUCUAUCAACGAUUCGAAGUCAUGAUCCUAUUCCGAUUACUUGAAGUAAGCUUUCUCUCUGUCUGA